AUGGCUUUGAGUUCUGAAUCAUACAAGUGGAAGUAUGAUGUAUUCUUGAGCUUCAGAGGGUAUGAUACCCGCAGGAGUUUUACUAGCCAUCUCUAUCAUGCACUAUGCCAAAAGGGAGUUAACACUUUCAUAGACUACAAGGAGCUCAAGAGGGGAGAGAAGAUUUCACCUUCACUUUUUAGAGCUAUUGAAGAUUCAAGGAUCUCAGUUGUCAUAUUAUCUAAAAAAUAUGCUUCUUCCACUUCUUGCUUAGAUGAACUCCUUAAGAUCCUCGAGUGUAAGGAUUCCAAGGGUCAGCUGGUUUUGCCUGUCUUUUAUGCAGUGAAUCCAUCUCAAGUAAGAGAACAACAGGGAAGUUUUGAAGAAGAUUUGGCCAAACAAGAAGAAAAGUUUUGGGAUGACAUGGACAAGGUGAAAAGAUGGAGGGCAGCUCUAUGUGAAGUAUCUACUUUGUCUGGGUGGCACCUAGGAGAUGGGCAGGAAUCUAAGUUUGUUCAGAGAAUUGUUGAAGAGAUAUUGAGUAAGCUGAACCGCACACCUUUCAGUGUUGCUAAGCAUCCUGUUGGACUGGAUUCGCCUAUAGAAGAUAUUAAGUCACUUUUGAAAACUGGAUUAGAUGAUGUGCGGGCUAUAGGAAUUUACGGAACUGGAGGAAUUGAUGAUGUUGAUUCAUUGGAGCAACUGGAAUCAUUGGUUGGAGAAAACAGUUGGUUUGGAUCAGGAACUAGAAUCAUCAUAACAACUAGAGAUAAGCAUUUGCUAAUUGCUCACAAAGUGGAAACAGCCUACAAAGUCAAGGAAUUAAGUCAUGGUCAUGCUCUUGAACUGUUUAGUUGGUUUGCUUUCAAAAGACCCUGUCCUUCAACAGAUUAUGAGGAGUUGUCCUUCCAUAUGCUAAACUAUGCCAAGGGUCUGCCAUUGGCACUAACAGUUUUGGGGUCUUACCUGUGUGGUAGAGAUAAAGUAGAAUGGAAAAGUGCAUUAGCUAAACUGAAAAAAAUUCCAGAUAGACAGAUUUAUGAAAUGCUUAAAAUCAGCUUUGAUGGGUUGGAGGAGAAUGAAAAGGCCAUUUUUCUGGAUAUUGCAUGUUUCUUUAAGGGAGAGGACAAACAUUAUGUGAAAAUGAUACUAGACGGUUGUGACAUGCACACAGAUAUUGGGAUCAGAGUUCUAAUGGAUAAGUCUCUCAUUGCUGUAGAACUGAACAAGCUUUGGAUGCAUGACUUGCUACAUGAAAUGGCUAAAGAAAUUGUUCGCUGUGAAUCCCCUAAAGAGCCCGGUAAACGCAGCAGACUUUGGUUUCAUGAGGAUGUUCUUCAUGUAUUCAACCAAAAUACGGGAACUGACAACAUUGAAGGAAUAAGGCUAGAUCUACCUGAACCACAUAAGGUUAACAUAAAUGGCAAAGCCUUGGCAAAUAUGAAAAGACUUAGACUUCUUAUGAUCAAUAAUGCAGAUGUUUCAGAUGAUAUUCAAUAUCUAUCUAAUGAGCUAAGAUUGAUUGAUUGGCCGGGAUACCCUUCUUCAACUCUACCACCAGACUUCCAUCCAAAGAGGCUUGUUUCUCUAAAUAUGAGUCAUGGUCGCAUCAAACACUUGUGGAAGGGAGCUAAGAUAUUCAGAGACUUGAAACUUGUCUCCUUUAGCUGCUGUGAAUACCUCACUGAAAUCCCGGACUUCUCUAUGGUUCCAAACCUUGAGAGUCUCAACCUAGACCAUUGUAAAAGUUUAGUUAAGGUGCAUGAGUCCGUGGGAUAUCUUGAUAAGCUUGUUACUUUAAACUUUCUAUUAUGCUCCAAUCUCAAGACUUUUCCAAGUAGAUUCAAAUUGAAAUCUCUACGUACUCUUCUCCUUACUGGCUGCUCAAAUCUUAGAAAGUUUCCUGAGGUUGUUGAGAAAAUGGAACAUCUUGAAGAAAUCCUUCUCCAAGGGACUGCAAUAAAAGAACUACCACAGUCAAUUGAAUAUCUAAUUGGGCUAAAAGUCUUACUCUUGGAUUCAUGCAAAAAGCUUGAGCACUUCCCUAGUAGCCUUCAGAAUUUGCAAUACCUUACUGGACUUGUUCUCACUGAUUGCUCUAAGCUCCAGGAGCUUCCAAAGCUUCCACUAAAUAUAAGAUUUAUAGAUACAAGUAAUUGCAGAUCAUUGUCCAGCCCAUCAAAUUUUAGUGUAGAGGACUUUCCAAGGUUUUCUCAUAUGUGUGUACUCAUUCUUUCAGAAAAAUAUAUUCAGGAACUAAAAUUAAUUUUCAUGCUUCAGGAAUCUAUUGAUGAAGUUAUGCUUCCAGGGAGCAAGAUCCCUGAUUGGUUUCAUCAUCAGAGUACUAAUGGUUCAAUUUCUAUUGAGGUAGCUUCAAGGUUAUACGGUAAGCACGUGGAGUUGUUUUUUGGUGCAGUUUUUGAGUUGGAAAAAGGUGCUACUACAACCGGUAUGUUUUCAUGUGUAUAUGAGGUUAUCAUCAAUGAUCGAAAGACACUUGCCAUAGCAAGAAAUUUUGAAUCACUGGACUCAAGUCAUGUGUGGCUAACUAGGAUCAAAUUUGGUCGUUUGAUGUUGCGCCUAAACAGUAUGCAUUAUUGGAAUCACUUCAGGAUUUCAUUUGGGAUCUCUGAAGUAUCAUCAAAUGUGAAAGUAAAAGCAUCCCUGAAAAGUUGUGGUUUCCAUAUUUUGUGCAAGCAAGAAGGGUGUGUUACUGAUCAUGAAACUGUUAGGAAGUAG